GGCGGAGUCUGGUUGGUUUCAAUUAUCCAACCAUCCUUACUUUCUCUUAUCUUCACUAAACCAUGUCUCAUCAUAGACCAAGUUACUUAUUCAAUGAGAGAAGAUCAUCUCUCGUUAACCCUACCCCGAUAGAGGAUGAACCUACGGAGCAGAGAACUGUUCGGCGAAAGUCCUCAUCUCAUCAGACUUUAACAAUAGCGUUGGAACAACUUAUAGAACAUCGAGACCGCUAUGGGCCUGACGCAGUACCUCCUCGGGACAUUUUUGCCUCAUGGCUAGAGGAAAAUAAGGAGUGGUUCAUUGAAGCGAGAAUAGCCGCUCGUAACCGUGGUCGGAAGCUCAAUAUCAAGACAACUAGGACAACCCAAAGGGCGACGGGCAUCACACAGGCCCUCCGGUCUAGGGAGAGCGGGAUACGAAAGGGGACACGCAAUCCGCCGAGCCGCGCGGGAGCAGUCCUGUAUCCCUCGGAUAGGGAAGAACGGGCGCAGUUAGACGUCGUCAAGAAAGCCAUCAUCUUCCACCAAGACCACUUGGACGAAUAUCUCCAAGAAGAUACCGAAAGUCAUAAUAGCCCAGCGGAACAAGGACAGGAACAAGAUGAAGAAGCUACUCCUGCUCCAAUAACCGAUAAACUCAAUCCCGAGCAUCCAAAACCACCAAGGAAAACAUCCAAAAGCAACCCCUCCACCUACCCCUUCAAAAACACCGAUCCCGAUAUCGAAGCCGAAAUCCCCCCAAUCUCUAGUAGCAACAACAGCACCCCCCAAACACCCAACCCCUCACAAAGAAAACCAUCCCCGCUAGCACCACAGCACAGAUUCCACAUCAACCACGUCGCGCACCUAGCCCCGACAUACAUCGUCGCCGAGCUAGCGCGGCUGCGGGACGACCCGAGAUAUAAGCGUGGCAAGCGGUUUAGGUAUGACUUUAGCGCUGCUCGCCAUAUAACCAAUACGGAUCAUGUCGGUAAGAAAGUGGUGCAGCGGAACCCGCAAGAACGGCAGCAACAGCGACGGAGUAGGAGUAGGAGUAGGAGUAGGAAUAGGGGAAAUGGGGUUAGUAAAGGUUCUAAGAAAGACCGCGAUCGCGAUGUCCUACGCGCGCAUAUCCGCGACGCGGGACUGGUGAGCGGCGAGGCGUGGGUUGAUGGGUUUGAGGGGGAUGGGGUUGUGGGUGUUAGGCUUGUGGGGAGGCCGUUUGGAAGGGAUGGUGGAGCGGUUAGAUAGGGG